GCAAGUAUGACGGACAUUCCGCCCACCAACCUCUGCGAUCACUUGAUCCUGUUCUUGAGAGCCGCAAGUUGUCUCCACAUCGUGCUCUUUCCGUCUCUUUUUCUUUCUUUCUCUCUCUUUUCAUUUCAUAUCGAUCCCUCAAGCCUACGUCUUCAGAUCAUUGCUCACGCAGCAUCCAUUUCCCGUUUGUGCUUGAAGUCCUCUCCUCAACGACCUGACGAGCCCGUUACAUACAGACGCGCACAAACACAAACACACCAAAGCACACAUACACAGAAUGGACAAGUUGACAACGCUCACCCCACCCGCGCCGGGUUACAUUCCCCAACGCCCGCUAUCCGUCACACCCGAAGACGAGGCGCCGCAACCACACGACCCGUCCAGCGAUCAUACCAAGGCGGCAGCAGUUUCUUAUCGCCCACAAGAGCCAAUACGCAUGCACCAGCCGUCCGGCGAUGGGUCUCCCGACCUCAGAGGUGGGCGUAGGGACCACGGGUGCUGUGAAUGCUGUCUUUACUGCUGCGGCAUUGUGGUGUUGAUAAAAUGCCUUGACAGCUUCUGCGGCUGAUGCGGUGCGACUUUUGGAUGGAGGGGUUGGAAGACCAAAGAAGAGAGGAAAAAAAAGGGCAGUCAUCAUAGAAAAGCAAUGGACAGAACAGAAAGACAAAAGCAGGGCAAGUUAGCAAAGCGGGACACAUACCUGGCGCCAUAGGGGGGAUAUCUGGAGAUUCAUCGGCUGCAGGCAUGAUUGGUUUCAUCCAAAGGAAACCUUUUCGUGAACAACCUAUUUCAUGUACAUUUUGCGGCGGAUCGGGAUUCGAUUGAUAGGCCAUGGCCGGCGACGUGCAUGCUAAUGAUGCCAUGUGCCACCUCCCCUCUUUUCUUUCUCUUUCUCUCUGAAGAUCAGUCUAUCUUGUGACGAGAUGGAACGGCAAAUUGAGGCUUCGGAGCGUCACUGCGUCGGACGAAACUGGGUGUAUUCCCGAAUAGUUGGAGGAAUUAUCAUAGCGAUGCAAGGCAGAAGCUACAAGGACGUCAAGGAGAUGAGUGGCUUCUGAGGAUUUGUGAAGCUCGUAUGAUUGAACGAAGGCACACACUAGAUUGCACAUG